ACAAAUGCAACAAUCGUUUAGGAAUGGAGUCACGAGAUAUACCAUCAGAUGCUAUUGUAACUUCGAGUGAUUGGGAUAGUAAUCAUGCUGGCCGCCGAGCGAGGCUCAACAUAUUACCAGAUAGUGAUGGAAUAGGGGCUUGGUGCGCUAAGACAAACAUUCUAGGCCAGUGGAUUCAAGUAGACUUGGGGAAUAUAACGAAUGUGACCGGCUUAAUCACACAAGGACGCAUAGCAUAUUCGCAAUAUGUUACCGUUUAUAAAGUAGAUUACAGCUUAAAUGGACUACAAUGGCAAUUUGUGUCACAAAAUGGCUAUGAAAAGGAAUUUAGAGGAAAUUCUGACGGAAAUACAACAGUUACUCGUUUAUUUCCGGUGCCAGUUCUUGCAAAAUACAUUCGGAUUUAUCCCAUAGCUUGGAGAAGACAUAUCAGUAUGCGAUUUGAAAUACUUGGAUGUUCAGCCAAUCGUUCAACCGCUAAGGUCGAAGAAAGCCAAACAAACGAAUGCAAAGAUCGUUUAGGAAUGGAGUCACGAGAUAUACAGUCGGAGGCUAUUGUAACUUCGAGUGACUGGGAUAGUAAUCAUGCUGGCCGCCGAGCGAGGCUCAACAUAAUACCAGAUAGUGAUGGAAUAGGGGCAUGGAGCGCUAAGUCAAACAAUCUAGGCCAAUGGAUUCAGGUAGACUUGGGGGAUAUAAUGACUGUGUCUGGUUUAAUCACACAAGGACGCAUAGCUUAUUCGCAAUGGGUUACCGCUUAUAUAGUAGAAUACAGCUUAGAUGGAUCACAAUGGAAAUUUGUGUCACAAAAUGACUAUGAAAAGGAAUUUAAAGGCAAUUUUGACGCAGAUACAGCGGUUACUCGUUUGUUUCCGGUGCCAGUUUUUGCAAAAUACAUUCGAAUUCAUCCAAUCGCUUGGGUCAGACAUAUCAGUAUGCGAUUCGAAAUCCUUGGAUGUUCAGCCAAUCGUUCAACUGCUGAGGUCGAAGAAAGCGCAACAAGUAACUGUACGGAUGGGCUUGGUUUAGAAUCUGGAUAUAUUCCAUCGAGUUUUAUUGAGUCGUCCGGUGAAUCAAUCACAGGUCGUGGGCCUGAACAUGCACGGCUUAACCUGAGAACGUCGGAUAGUGAUGACUGGUGCGUUUCUGAUACACACCAAGGACUCUGGAUUCAAGUGAAUCUCGGUCACUUACAUAAUGUUACAGGAGUGAUUAUUCAGAAACCUCUAAAGUAUCUGUCUCAAGUGACUUCAUUCCAAGUUAUGCACAGCCACGAUAAAUUGGUAUGGGAAACAAUACGCAAUGCUUACGGUAAUCCAAAGGUUUUUCCAGGAACGAUUACACAAUCCACACGGUUUAUUAGGUUUCCUAUAACUAUCACAGCGAAAUAUGUACGCAUUCUGCCAACUUCAUGGGUAAAUGAAAUAUGCAUGCGAUUUGAAAUAGUUGGUUGUAUAUCAGGAAGAAGAACACUAAGAGGUUGUCGAGAAUUUCUUGGAAUGAAAUCAGGGGAGAUACCUAAAGGCGCUAUCCAAGCAUCAACCGAACUUGAUAACAAAGGCUCUGAUCUUGCAAGGCUCAAUUCGACAAUUGGUGGUAGUGGUGUCUCCGCUUGGUGUCCUGUAAAUCAGAAUCGAUACCAAUGGAUACAAGUGUACCUUGGUAAACUCCACAUUGUCAAUGGCAUAAUGACACAAGGCCAACGGCUUCAGUGGGUUACAAUGUAUGAAGUAAGUUAUCGUGUCAAUGGAAGUGGUUGGAUAGUCGUCAUGGGACACGAUGGUUUACCAAGGGAAUUUAUGGGAAACUAUGAUGAAGACACAGUGGUAACUAACGUUUUACCAGAGCCUAUUAAGGCACAGUUUAUCAGGAUUCGCCCGUUGAGCUGGCACACAUAUCCAUGCCUUCGAUUUGAAGUUCUCGGCUGUCUAGAUGUUGAUGACUGUGUAGCCGGUGUUUGCCAGAAUAGUGGUCGUUGCAUUGAUGGAUUGGGAGGAUACACAUGUGACUGCUUAUUUGGAUUUGAUGGUGAUAAUUGUGAUCAGGAGACUGGUGUUCAUACGUAAUCCUAGAGUGUAAUGCUGACAGGUUCAAAUGCGUAACAUAACGGCAUCGAGAGAUAAAUUAUGAAAUUGUACUGAGCACCAUGGAAUACUUAGACUUGACUUAAAUAAAAAAAAAACAUUACUCAGUUUACGAAAAUGGAAUUAUGUAUGCCUAUUAUACUACCAAUGAGGAAUUGUUAUUUUCUUUUAAAGAAACCUUCACAUUUUUAAAAAGGUACACAUCUGUUAUUGGUACUAUAUGAAAACAUUUUAACAUUAAAUUUAGACUCCAAUGUAUGGAUAAACAGAAUACCUGUUGAGGAGAAUAAUUUGUAAGUUUUUUAGCUGUGAUUUACUUACUUUCAGAAUAGUAAGAGGCAAUGUAACUGUGAUAAUGUAAUACAAUAAUGUUAAAAAGGUGUACGGAUCUGUCAUUCAUAUGAUAUUAAAACUAACUUUUCAAAUUUAAAUUUAGACAUCACUGUAUGGAGAAACAAAAUAAAUGUUAAGAAUAAUUUGUAA